AAUUAGAACAAAAAUACCGGCAACAAAAUGAAGUUUUUCUUUCAUUUAACGAAUAUUUUUUAUCGUUUAUUAUUGAAUAUUAUAUCAUUCAUAAAUCAACGUCAACAAAACGAUAAUCAUCAUCGGCCAUCAUUACCAUCAUCACCAUUAUCAUCAAAUUAUCAUCAACAACAACAACAACAAACGCAAUCAUUUUUCACACGAUUCAUAAUUAUGACAAUAAUAAUAAUGACCAUUGUAAAUAAUAUAAAAUUAUCAUUGGCCGAUAAUGAAAGCCAAAAAAAUCUUAUUUAUAAUAAUGAAUUUAAUUAUAAAUCAUCAAUUAUCAAUAACAAAAAUGAACAAUCAACAACAGGUAUUAAAAAUGUUGAAUCUAUUUCAACAAAUAAAACAUUAACUGUGAAUAGGAUAUCAUUUCCACAAAAUAAUAAUAAUAAUAAAAGAUUAACAAAACGAUCAUCAUCGACAAUGAUGAUGAUAAUGAAUCAUAAUCUUCAUCGUCAUCAUCAUCAACAUCAUCCACAUUAUCUUAAUCUUCAACAACAACAACAACAACAAAAUCCAUCACAAAUAAUAAGACCGGAAACGUCAACGACCAUGACAUUGAUGACAACAACAUCGACAACAAAAUCAUCAAUACCAACUACAUAUCAUUAUAAUAAUAAUCAAAGGAUGAAUCAUAUUAAACCAAAACAACAACAACAACAACAUAGUAAUAAUAAUAAUGAAUGGCAUUCCGCAAUUCAACAAACACAGCAACAACAACAACAACAACGUCCUCAAGCAAUAGGAAUUUCAUCCGAUUGGAUACGAAAACGAUCUCAUCAACCACCAUUGCUGUAUAAUCUAGGAUUAUCAUCAUCACCAUCAUCAUCACAAUCAUCAUCAUCAUCGGUAUUUAAAAAUAGUUAUUAUCGUCAACAUUAUCAGCAACAACAACAACAAAAACAUCAACAACUUCAAUUACAACAUCAACGAUUACAGCAACAACAAUUACAACAACAACAACAAUGUCCGGAUGGACCACCGGAACAAUGGUCACAGCAAUUAGAUGUUGCCGGUAAAGCAUUAUUAUCACCAAUAGUAUUUUAUGGUGAAUUGAUCUCAUUAGCUGAAGAUUAUGGUGGUCGUAUUGGUGCAACAUUUAGAUUACUUAAAUUAAUCAAACCAGAUAUGUCAAAAAUAUCAACAAUAAAUAAUUAUCCAAAUACAAAUGAUGAUUUAUCUAUAUUAAUACCAAAUCCAAAUUAUGAAACACAAAUAAAACUUUAUUUUGUUAGAAAUCAAAAUGAAAGUAUGGAAACACCAUUCUGUGCUAUUUAUAUGCCACAAAUAUGGGAAAAAUUACGAACAAAAACACGUUAUAUUUUAUUUGCACAACAACAAAUAUUAUCAACACGUGGAUUUAUGUUACCACCAAUUUCAUCAUCAUCAUCAUUAUCUAAUAAUGAUCUUCAUAAACAAUUUAAUAAUCGAUUGAUAACCAAUGACAAUAAUCAUCAUCGUAUUAUUGGUCAUCAAUUAAUAUCAAUGAUAACAUAUACAAUACCUGAAACACUUAGUCGUAAUACUAGUCGUUUAGUAAGAAAAAUUCUUUGCCGUGAUUGUGCUAAACCAGCACGUAUAAUACAUAGCAGCAGGGAACGUUUGGAUAUAAUUUCAAAACAAAAUAUAACAUUAUCAUGUCGUGUUGAUGGUAAUCCAAUUCCAUGGAUCGAAUGGUAUCGUAAUGGAAGACGUUUACGUACACGAAGACGUGUGAAAAUCAAUACACGAAGACGAAUAUCACAAUUAACAAUUAUACGUGCAUCAGUACGACGUGAUCAUGGUACAUAUGAAUGUCGUGCAAUGAAUGUUGUAUCAAAAGAACCAUCCGUUAAACGAUUCCAUGUUAAUGUACAAUGGCCAAUUAAUCAUUUAAAACAUAGAAAAACAUUAUUAGGUAAACAUAAUCGACAUCCAUCAUCAUCCACGUCAUCCACAUCAUUCACAUCAUCAUCAUCAUCAUAUUCCUCCGGUGUAAGAAAAACAAAAAUCGAUAAUGAUAAUACCCGAAAUAAUGUGAUUAUUGGAACAAAUCAUUAUAAUAUUCAUCAAAUAACUGAUAAUAAUGAUAAUAGUGAUGAUAUUUUCAAUUAUAAUCAUCAACAACAAAUGAAUAAUAAUAAUAAUAAUAAUGAUGGUAUUGGUAAUCAAAAUAUAUAUUCCGAAAUUCCACAACCAUGUCCAAUUGCAUCAUUCUGUUUGAAUGGUGGUACUUGUUCAUUAUAUAAACAUCUUGGUGAAUAUGUUUGUGAAUGUGCCGAUGGUUAUAAAGGUCAUCGUUGUGAAUAUAAAGAUUUACAAAAAUAUCCGGUAAAAACAUUGGUCGAUUAUGAUCCUGUAGUUGUUGUACGUCAACCGGCACAUUCCUAUUCGUCAAAAACCAAUGAUGACGAACGUGCUGAUAGCUGAAACCAAAGAAAUAUAUUUUUUUUUAUUUGGAAAAAUAUUUUUCAAAUGGAAUUCAACUCAAUCAACUUUUUAAAAUUGUAACCAAAGAAU